CCAAGUGGAAGACUGAAAGCGACUAUUGGUGUUAGUUAUUUAUAUCAGAUUUCAGAGGCCAUCGUCUCUGUGAAGUGGGUACUGUCAACUGCCACAAUAGGCACAGACUCCUAAUUAAGACAUUUCUGUCAAAGAGUCAUUUUCCCUUCCUAUUAACUUCAGAACUCCAAUACAAAUAUCAGUUGCCACUUCUGAAUCGCUCCUGCUUCACUCAUUCUUUCUUUUGAUUGCAUCCUCUUAUUUGAUUUGUUCAACCAUCUCACCAAAACCUAAUCAUAUAUCAAACUAUUAUUGUUAUUAUUAUUAUUAUUAUUAUUAUUAUGAUAUACAUAUAAGAGCUGAAAUAUGGAAGUGCUGGAGCAAACGAGACCGGAGAAUCAAGCCAUGACGUUCGAUGAAGUCUCCAUGGAGCGUAGUAAAAGCUUUAUCCAAGCUUUGCGGGAGCUCAAGAACUUAAGACCUCAACUUUAUUCAGCUGCAGAAUAUUGUGAAAAGUCUUAUCUCCAUAGUGAGCAGAAACAGACGGUACUGGAUAACCUGAAAGAUUAUACUGUGAGAGCCCUUGUGAAUGCUGUUGAUCACCUUGGCACUGUGGCUUUCAAGUUAACUGACCUUCUUCAGCAGCAAUCAUCUGACAUCUCGUCUGUGGAGCUACAAUUUUCUUGUUUGAACCAGCAACUUCUUACAUGUCAAACCUACACAAACAAGGAAGGUCUUCGGCAGCAGCAGUUAUUAGCCUUCACCCCAAGACACCAUAAGCACUAUAUUUUGCCAAAUUCUAUAAACAAGAAGGUACAUUUUAGUCCAUGUAUACAGAAUGAUGCCAGUCAAAUUCAUUUUCAAACGCGUCUUCAGCCCUCAGGUAUCGCUGCUUCAAAAACUCAAUCCUGGCAUUUAGCCUCUGAAACUAAAUCUACCUUGAAGAGGACUCAAAAUGCUAUGGCAGUCUUUAAAGACCCAAAAGAUUCUGGAGUUCUCCAUCUUUUGGGUGAUGAACAGAACAUAUGGACAAACUCCUCUGCUGUCUCUGCUCAAGUUUCAGGUGUAGAUCCUGCAUCUAGUGCAGCUGUGCAAACAUUCGGUGUCACACAAAGGGAUAGAUCAGAGGGCACCAAAGCUUUGACAGCAUUUAGGUCAUUUGACAACCCAAGGCGCGAAAUUGUACGAGCUCCUGCUUGCACCAAAAGUAUGCUAUCAGCUUUCUUUGGUAAACAGAAAACAGCAAAGCUGAAUGCUGGUUAUGUCUCAUGAAUCCUCAAAUGAGAGCAAGACUAAGACAACACUUAGUGGAGUUGCCAUUAAUCAUCUCCUGUGCUUGUUGAUAAUGAAUUGCUUAUAAUCAUAGGUUCUUCCACUCCUCCCUUUCUCUCUUGGUGGCUUUAUAAUUGAGCAAAUUAUGUAUAAACUCUCAGAAUGAAGAGGGUUAAGAAAACUGCUCACAUAGUUGUAACCUUGGUAAAUGAUUUGUUGAAAUUUAGUUGUGCAGGUCUCUGAACUUUUAUCAUUGUCAUGACAUUAAUGAAAUUGGUAUAUUUGCUUCUUCCUUUUUCAAA